UUCAUAUUUAAUUGUGUUUAUGGAUAUAACUUAUUACACUACAACUUAAGAAAGAUUUUAAAUUAGCGACGUGUUUUGGUGUCUUUCAUUUAUCUUUAGUUUCAGGGAGAAAUGGAAAGAUCUACAUUCAAUUUAGCAUUCAAACAGUUCAAGGUGACAGAUGUAUCUGAAAAGAAGAAAUAUUUGAUGGUUUUUGAAACGUAUCAAACGUUUGUGAAGAAAUGUAAGGAAAAGUUUGGAAUUUCCGAUGAAUCUCACAUUUACUUUGUGUCAGAGGAUGAUCAAGAUUUAGAAUUAGAUAGUGAUGUUCUGGAAAUGGUGCUAGAAGACAAAAGUUUAUUGAUAAUGAAAGUGGAUGCAAGUGUCAACAACCAGCAAGAAAGCCAAGAUGGUGUUGAAUAUAGCCAAAGCAAAGAGGAGCAUCAAGGAACAGAUAAUGUAGAUGAUACCCAUAUGAAAGACGAUCAUCUGGAAUCAGAUUGUGUUGGAGGUGCCCAUAGGAAAGACGAUCAUCUGGAAUCAG